AAAGGGCACAACACUGGGAAAGGAACAAAAGUAAGUAAAGUAGUGACAUAGAUCAGAUUUUAUGCAAUCUUUACCCUUCUUUUAAACAUAUCUAAACCCUAUAAAUAGGCCUAGCUUUGUUAUAUCAAACAACCACAGAGAUCCUUAAGUUCCUUCUCACUCACAUUUCUCACACUCUAUAUACGUACGUGACCAAAUGGAAAGCAUUAGAGAUUUAGUAGCAGACAAACCAGUGGUGGUUUUCAGCAAAAGCUCCUGCUGCAUGAGCCACUCAAUUCAAACACUCAUCUCCGGAUUUGGGGCAAAGAUGACAGUGUACGAGCUUGAUCAGUUGUCCAACGGGAAGGAGAUCGAGAAGGCGUUAAUACAGAUGGGGUGUAAGCCGAGUGUACCAGCGGUGUUCAUAGGGGAACAGCUAAUAGGCGGGGCUAACCAGGUAAUGACUCUCCAAGUCAAGAACCAACUAGCCGCAUUGCUAAGAAGAGCCGGAGCCAUAUGGGUUUAAAGUCCCAAAACACAACUAGUGAAUAGAAUAAGUAAUGAGAUGAGAAGUAUACUUUUUCUUUUUCUGGGGUUCUACAAUGCAUGCACGGUUAUGUUUUAUAUCAAGUGCAAGUCUGUAGUCACACAAACCUAGAUGCUAAGAUCCAAGAACAUGUAUUCUCCGAUUUAUAUCAAUCUAUGUAAGCUGAAAAAAACGUAUCAGUAGCAAUGCUUAUUCAUAAUUAAAAAGAGAAA